CAUCAGUAAUGCGCAGAUGAAGCGUUAUUCCCGGAUGCCUGGUGCCCUGCUGUCGCUUUAAGAAGCGGCGGUGCAGCAGCCGCAUCGCCUCACUCCUUCUCCGGCUCCAUGGCUGCAGGAUGGAGCCUCCUGCACCGGACAGACACUGGCAACUUCCACCUGCCCCAAAGCUGUGAGGGCUCCUAGCGUCUCUGGAGACGUUGAAGGUCCUCUGAAGCUCCAACAUGUCUCUCCCCCCGAGCAGGAAGCCGUCCUCAGGUCAGCGCAGGCGCUCAGUGGGGACUGUGAAUGGCAGAUUCUCCCUCAGCGAGACGUCGAGCACACACCCGGGGAAGAUCAGGGGGGAUGGCAGCCCCGCAGCCCGGACCCUCCCCAACACACCCAGGCGUCAGGUGAAGCUCAGCUGCAGUGAGAACCACGGCAUCAGAGCGCCCCCCCCGGAGCAGUACCUCACCCCCAUGCAGCAGAAGGAGCUCUGCAUCCGACACCUGAGGGCCCGCCUGAGGGACAACGUGGAGAGACUGCAGCACAGAGACAGCGAGGUCUCGGGGCUCCGGGCCCAGCUGCUCCGGAUGCAGGAGGACUGGAUCCAUGAGGAGGUCCAGAGGCUGGAGGCUCAUCUGGAGCUGCAGGAGGCCAGGAGAGAGAUCAGAGUCCUGCAGGGCGAGGUGAGGGCCAGCAGCCAGGAGCCCCACCAGCACCAGGAGCCCCACCAGCAACACAAGGAGCCCCACCAGCACCAGGAGCCCCACCAGCACCAGGAGCCCCACCAGCAACACAAGGAGCCCCACCAGCACCAGGAACCCCACCAGCACCAGGAGCCCCACCAGCACCAGGAGCCCCGCCAGCACCAGGAGCCCCACCAGCACCAGGAGCCCCACCAGCACCAGGAGCCCCAUCACAUACACCAGGAGCCCCAUCACCAGAACCAGAAGCCCCAACCGCACCAGGAGCCCCAUCACCAACACCAGGAGCCCCAUCUACACCAGGAGCCCCACCAGCACCAGGAGCCCCAUCACCAUCAUCACCUACACCAGGAGCCCCAUCACCAACACCAGGAGCCCCACCAACACCAGGAGCCCCACCUACACCAGGAGCCCCACCUACACCAGGAGCCCCACCUACACCAGGAGCGCCAUCACCAACAUCACCUACACCAGGAGCCCCACCUACACCAGGAACCCCACCAACACCAACACCAGGAGCCCCAUCACCAACACCAGGAGCCCCAUCACCAACUGCACCCGCACCCGGGGGCCCGAUCAGGUGGACGCUCUCGUUCCUGCGGCUGCUCCCCUGCUGGGACGCUGCGCCGUGGGGCCCCCCUGCAGCCUGAGGGCCUCCGGGGGCCCCGACAGACUCACCUGCUGCUGCUGGAGGCGGCGCUGCUGUCGGAGCCCAGGAGCCACAACAGCACCAGGGGCCCCUCCUCCUCCCCCACCUCCUCCCCCUGCUCCUCCUCCUACGAGAGGCUGUUUCUGCCCGUCUCACACUCCUGCAGCUGCAUCGCACACACACCUCACACACACCUGUACCUGCACCUGCCGCAGGAGGAGGCCCCGGGGCCCGCCUCCGACUCUCCCAUCCACCCCCCCCCCCCUGUUGAGAAGAAGGUGGAAGUGCGCUCUCAGGCCUGCAGCCCCACCAUCAGCUGGCUGUGCGACGAGGCCCCCACCCCUCUCUCAGAGACACAUUUUCAGUCACAUUUACCCGGCGGGGCCCCUCCUCACAUCGUGGAGCCGCCUGAUAGACAGGAGGAGGUGAAGGAGCCCCUCACCUGUCAGCCCCCCCCCACGGCCCCCCUCCCUGAGAGACAGGACGCUGUGGAGGUGGAGAUAGAGGAUGAUGAGGGGGGGGAGGAAGACGUGGCCCCCCCGCUGUGCCACUGGAGCCGAUACUUCCUGGUGGAUCUUCUGGCUCUGGCGAUGCCGGUUGUCCCGACGGUGGCCUGGAUGUGGGGGGGGGAGCGGGGGGGGGUCCUGCCCGGGUAUCACAUGGGCUCCCUGCUGAGAGGCUGCUGCGCCGUGGCCCUCACCUCACUGAGGAGAGGGGGGGGCAGGGGAGGGGGACCCCCGAACCCUAACGGGGCCACGCUGAUAUGAGACUCGCUGAGAGACCUGAACCUCCUCUUGCGAUGGAAGCUUCCUUUGUUUACCCCAAUAAUAAUCAUGCUGUCUUGAAGCAGACUUUGAACUACCGACUGAGACCAUAAACUUAUUAGGAAAAUGUUGACUGAGGUAAUAAAUCAAGAGAGAAGAGGGAACAUUUCCUCUUAGACUUCUAUGCCCCCUGGUGGACAUUACAGAGAAUGCACUUUCUUUAACACAUUACCACACUUCUUGUAGGAGCUUUUUACAAAGUAGUUAGAUAUAAAGAAAAUAGUCCCUACAUGAAUCUGGGUCAUCAUUUCUGCAAACACGUUUAAGUUGUGGUGCUUCGUCCACCAUCCAAUGGCAUUUACUUCCAUUAUACUGGAGAGAAAACAGACAUUUCUACGCCUCAUAUCUCCAACACAGUGACUCACACCCAAACCCUCCAGGUGAGAGGGCGUACUGUCCCUUUAAGACUCUGCUGACUUCAAUACACUUUGGUUUUUGCCUCCAGUUGGAUUUUUCCUCCUCUUCUAAGAUUUCUAGAUUUGACGUAACGCCCUUGUGAUGUUGUGCUCAUGCCUUAGAGAACAGAGGAUUAGUGUUAGCUCUCUUUACUGGACUCUGCAUGAAGCCCACUGUCCGGACGGGGUCUACUGCUUGAAUUAAAUUAAAUAAAAGCCAAGUUCUGGUUUUAGAUUUACGCUUUGGGAGAAGAUGUUCGGUUUAUUUUAUGGACAUUAAUUGUUUGAAAUUGCUCCUGUAUUUUCAUCAUCAUGUUUUAAAAAAUUGGUUAAAGGGACUAGAGUAAAAAAAUAUCAAAACAAUUUUAAAAAAGUUGUUAUUUAUGAGAUUUUAAAGGACUUUUUAGAAGAAAAGAAGCAUGUGCAUUGAAUGGAGCUCUCAGGUGUGAAACUGACAGGUUGUUCAGAUGUUUUACAAUAAAUGAAACAUGGGAUUAUAA